AUGAAGGCUGUCGCUGUCCUCGCUGCCCUUACCUUCGGAGCCACUUCCGUCAUGGCUGCCUGUGUCUACCCCAACGACUGGUGGUGUGGAUCUGAUGGCGUCACCCGCUACAGGUGCGAAAAUGGCGAGGCUGUUGUCGCCGAUGUCUGCCAGACCGGGUUCGGCUGCGUCGAUCUGGGCUUGAAUGUCGGUGCUUACUGUUCCUCCGGCACUGGCCCAUGA